AUGGAUUUGGCUCCGUCAUCCAAACCAUCUUUCAAGCAGGCAUGUGAUAAUUGUCGCCGACGCAAGAUUAAAUGCUCUCGCGAGCUACCGUGUGACAAAUGUCAACGUCUGCUACUAUCAUGCUCCUAUAGCGAUGUUCUGCGUCGUAAAGGGCCGAAGUUUCGGACUCUCUAUCCCCUGGCCCCGAUACAUCCGUUAUCGGCCCGAAGCGAUGCCACUCAGGAGCAAUUCUAUGCCGACCAGGACGGUUACGCCGACGCAACGUACAGAUUGAGCUCUCCGGCCUCCCCGGCAUUUGCAGUGGCAGAUGUACAAUAUGUACCGCAUGAUUUAUCGGAUACCCUCUCCCAACUACCACCGCCAGAGCUAGUCUCUUCACCGGACUCGACGGAUUCGACCGUCGAGUCAAUUCGUGGCCAGAGCCAAUUUAUGCCAAAUUCGCGCCGUCUCUCGCCACAGAUUUUGUUGGCGCAUGUCAAUGUCUAUUUGAAAUACUUAUUCCCGAUCAUGCCGGUCGUGCGGGGUGAGCAGCUUCGUCUGGAUAGUCAACAGCCAGAGCAUCUCUCGCCUUCCAGAUAUGCAUUCCUAGCUUCUCUUUGUGCAGCGACUCAUAUUCAGCUGAAACUGGAUGGUGACACUCCGGUACCGGAUCCCGCUCGUCUGCAGAGCUUGGGUGAUGGUCACUCGUUAGUGUCAGGAGAGAAGCUUUUAGCGGAAGCCGUGCGGGCACGUCGAGAAUGUGACAUUGUAGAAGAUCUGAGUAUCGAAACCCUACUGACUUCAUUCUUCUUGUUCGCAUCGUAUGGCAAUCUUGACAAACAAAGUCAUGCCUGGUACUACCUGUGCGAAGCGACCUCGAUGACAUUUACCCUGGGUCUGCAUCGGGAAUCUACCUAUGCGGAUCUCAGUGUAGAAGAUGCGGAGGAAAGGAGACGUAUAUUCUGGCUGCUCUUUAUUACAGAGAGAGGAUAUGCUCUCCAACAGGCCAAACCAGUCAUGCUCCGAAGCUCGAUCCACAAACCCCAAGUCCUCUGUUCCGAAGACCCUAUUCUCGCAUACGGCUUUAUCAAUUUAAUCGGUAUUUUCGAGAAACUCACCUCAAAUCUCUAUGACUGGGUCUCCGCAGGCGGCGGAGAAGGGCUCUUGGAGAGACCUCCCACAUCAGCUAUUCAAUCCAGCCUGUGCAAACCCAUUUCGCUCGAUGGGGUGAUGGAAAUUCAACAAGUCGACAUUCUCAUUACACAACAAUGGCUCCAGGCGAUGAUGUGGAAAUUGUCCAUGAACCACGCCACUCAACCCGGUGCCCGCGAUGAGGGCGUGCUACCUUUUCAUUUGCCAGUUCUAGUUGGCAAGGCCGUGAUGAGCGUGAUUGGCUCUGCCUCUCAAGGAGCGGUGGAUGCCCAUGGAAUUGGAAUGGAGCAAAAACUGUUCGACAUGGGCACAUCGGUCGCCGAUGUUACGCGGUCCUUGGGCACCAAAGCAGUGCAUCGACUUGCAGAAUCCACGGUCGACCCUCGCGAACUCCUCUGGGGUAUUUUGCACACCCUAUCACAGAUCCGAGGCUCACCAUCGUACCUCUUUCCCGCCCUUUUAGAACGGUGCAAGUCCGUGCUGGGACUCGACUGCACCUUGACCGUUGGUAACUUCCUACCAGCGCUUGGUGACCAUGCACAUGAUCAAGGGCAAGGGCACAACUGGACUGGUGAGCAGGGAUGGGAUUUAUUCGCAGCAUGUCGAGAUCUGGAUGUAAUCCGCGAAGUAGAUGGUGACCAGACUGAGCAGGUUCCUCCUCAUCUCUCCGGCGUCGGACCCGGGGGUGAACUCGGAUUCCAGGAUUGUCUUUUGUCUUGA